AACUUCUAUAACAAGAUGAAUCCUCAGUUCAAGUGGAUCCCAAUGGUUACAGUUGCUCAUAAUAUCGUCCUUUUCCAGGUACAGUUUGAAGGUCUCACUGGACCACUGGCCCUGAGACAAGGGCAAAGGUCGGAAUACAAACUGGACGUCUACAGACUGCAAUUCAAACGACCAAUGAGAAAGAUCGAGACAUGGCACCCCGAGGAUCUGAGGGAGAGUUCAUUCAAAACUUUUGAGCCAGAAAUUCUGAUUGAAAACACUACCCAAAGAGUCGCAACCCUCAUAGUAAGUACUGUUGUAAACACAGAAGCGCCUGUUACAGAUUAUGUUGCGCUCACUUCUGGCCAGGAGUGUGAUGAGUGAUGAGUAAGCGAUAAA